AUGCCCAAAAAUAAAGGUAAGGGAGGUAAGAAUCGGCGGCGUGGAAAGAAUGAGAACGAAUCCGAGAAAAGAGAAUUGGUGUUUAAAGAGGACGGACAGGAAUAUGCACAGGUGCUGAAAAUGUUGGGGAAUGGACGUCUGGAGGCAUUGUGCUUCGACGGCUCUAAGCGGCUCUGCCACAUCCGAGGAAAGCUCCGGAAAAAGGUGUGGAUAAACGCGUCGGAUAUUAUCCUGGUCGGGCUGAGAGAUUACCAGGACAACAAGGCCGACGUUAUCCUCAAGUACAACGCGGACGAAGCGCGCAGCCUGAAGGCGUACGGCGAGCUGCCGGAACACGCCAAAAUCAACGAGACAGACACUUUCGGUAACGGUGAUGAGGACGAGAUCCUGUUUGACGACAUUGGAGACGACGAUGAAGAUAUUGAUGAACACGGGAUGCUAGGUUUAAUUAGAGCUAGCAAGGUGAUGAGUGAACAGACCGGAAGUCCUCCUCCAUCCCUCCCUCCCUUUCUCCUCUACUCUCCUCACAUCCUCCUCCUCAUCACUCUUCCAUCCUGA